CAGAAUGAACAACACUCAAGAUACUCACACUUUACCCAAGCACGAAAAUCACCAAAAUAUUGAACUUCGACCUCAUACCCACCUACAUGAACAAGCUAUUAAGGGUCAUCAAACCAAUAGUACUAUCGCUGGACCUAAUGGAAUACAAGAAGGUAUUGUCAAUCAAGGGCUCGCUCCUACAGAUAACAGUCAUUUGAAACAACAUAAUCCUAAUGGCCAAUUAAAACACAAUGAAAACCACACUCACCAACGCAUUGAUACUGAUGCAGAUACUAUUCAUCCUCUACAGGAAACAGAGAACGAACUUAAUACCUCAUCUAACGAACAACAACCAAAUACCCAUAAUGAAAAAGAUGCGGCUGGGCUUGCGCAAGAUAUGAAAAAUCCAAAUAAUAACAAUUCAAACACCAACAAGAAACCAAGUAUUUCGUUCAAUGAACCUUCUACUCAUGCCUCUAUUGUUCAAGAUACUGGUCAUGCAAACAAGGCAGAUAAUGAAAGAUAUAACAGAGACGCUGCUGCUGCUGCCGGUACUAGAGGUGAAGCGACUGGUACUGCUGUUGAUAGUGCAAUGACCGAACACAAGCCAGGUGAUAAUGAGAAAGGCGAUAAAGAAAUGAAGGACGGAGUAAAGCAUGCACCAAAACCAAAGAACACGGGAGGCGAUGCUCAUCAUAUAGCAGAGCAGGAACCCAUGGGCUUAGGAGGACUCACAGGCAAGCAGCCAGUAGGUGAAAUCAACUUUAAGACAUUGUAAAUACACAGUUGUAAAUAAAAAUAGUGGAGGAGA